AUGGCGGGUGAGACCAUGCAGGCUCGCGUGGAGCGCGAGUACACGUUGAGCCAUUGCCCCCCGAUUCUCCAGUUGCGCGACCAGGCGGUGCGAUUGUUGCGGAAGGAGGGUCUGCUGAGGCGCCAGAAAACGAAUGGGCGCUACGUGGCCGUGCACCCGCGGAACAGGUACGGCGAUGGCAUAAUUCCAUCCCACGUGCGCACGCUGGUGCACAGUUUUUGCAGCGACGGGUUCAGCAUGGAUGAGGUGGGCGUGCCCUUUGCCAUCGAGAUGCCACCCCCAUCUCACCAGCGCCACGCCGAGGCACUCGAGUUCAACGGAGACCUUGUCAAGGAAUCCCACGGCUUCUUGCCGCCAUACGACGAGGGCGAGAUCAAAAUCCUUAGCGUGAGCAAGUCGCACACGACCCAGGCGACCCGCUGCAUUCAGUUUGGCAGCCCUACAGAUUCAGAUAACGUCGAGUUCGGUACCGACGGGAAGCUUGACAUCCACAAGAUCGGGUUGAAGCGCCCCACGUUGGCAGAUGCUGCGAAGGAGGGGUUUGAAUGGGACGUGCUUGUCUGGCAGGCUGAAGACGCAUUCGGCGCCAUUAUAGACUUGCUCCAGGACCCGCUUAAGUUUGUGAAAUCGAUGGCCCACCCUUUAACUUUUCGAUUGCCCCCGCCCCCGCCCCCCCCCGCAUUUAUGUUGGCUUUAGCCGCGUUCAAUCAGGAGUCUGGAAAUGCUGCGCAGAAGGUUUCCAUGAAUGAGACUAGGUGGGAGACCUUGUUCAAGAUGCACGGGGACGUGCAGAAGAUCGUCACCAACUUCGAAGCCAAUAAAAAGGAGGGCGACAUAUUGAACCCCGACGUCGCGUGGGGCAGGGCAAUAACAAAAGCGCAAUCCAGAAAUCCAGAUUUCGUUUCAGAGAUCCAGAGUUUGGCGACGUUUGCGAGGAAGCUCGCUGGUGGACCAGACGCACCGAAUUUGAAGGAGCUUCGGGCUUUCAACCGUUCGUGCCAGAAGCCGCGCAUUGUGCAGGGCCCCGUCUUGGCGGCGGUGGCUGAUGCAGUGAUCGGCUCGGAUGGUUUGGGCUGCAUUCCCUUCCGCAUUGAUUGCGUAAAGGCAAUGAUGAGCGCCGACAGCAAGUAUGCAUCGGGCGACUUUCAGAACCUCUUUGCAUCGGGUGACUUCGGGCUUAAGCUCACGAGUAACAAGGAAGUGCAGCGCAUGAUCUCGCAGGCAGACAUCAUGAAAUCGAUGGCUAUAGACAUCGCAAAAACUGUCAACCUGUCAGAAGACAACGCGGCCGUGAAGACGUUGAUCAACAGGUUCGGCAUGAGGCUCGUGCACCAUUGCAUGAAGAAGCCCGACCCCAGGAGCCAAAAGUUCGAGUCGCUUCACCACAUCGGCUACGAGUACGUGCAAGACCUGGCUACCAUUGCAGGCACGCAGAUCACAUCCCCGUGGGCGAAGAAAGGAGCCCCGCCCAAAGCUCCCGCGCAGCAAGCUGCGGCUUCUGCACAAGUGCAGAGCGUAGGCGGAAUCGCCGACAGGAUGCACAAAUUGGCAAGUAUGGGCGUGAGCGCCAAUUGCCACAUCGAGGUCAUCAAGAUGAAAACUGUAUACAAGGUGCAGGAAGUCAAGGAGGAUGAGAUCAAGCUGCAGAGCAUCGGCGAUGGGAGCGACUACACAGUCGAUUCGGCAUACCUCCUGAAAUCGCUACUCACCCCGCGUGCACAAGAGUUCAAGGUGAUCACAAAACGCGAGCAGAAGAGGGACGCCGCGCUCUCCCCCUUCCACGCUUGCAAGCCCGCAUGGUGGUUGGUUGGUCACGUGACGUCGGCGCUUGAUGCAUUGGGUAACCUACAGGGGGCAGCGGGCGAGAUGGUCGACAUCGUGACGGAGCCCACGGAGCACCGCGGCGUGUACGCCAAGGUUGACAUCGAUGUCUCCAGCGCGAUCUUCCCGCCCUUCUCGACCAAAGUUGCCUUCUCGGAUACAGCUCCAAACGGUGCCAUCGACGUCGGCGCGGAGAUCACUAAUGCGGACGGCGUCGCGCAGAAGCUUUACAUCUUCAUGAAGCUGCAGAAGCAUGAUCCAGGCGGCAUCGCGGACAACACGCGCGGCAGCUACAAGAUGGCGAAGAUAGAAGGGUUCAUGCCGCACUACUGGCUCAUUGACAAAGAGGUGACCGACCCCAAGAAGUCUAACAUGGCCAUCAAGCUUCACACCGUUGACGCCUCGGUCGGCGCGGAGAAGUUUACAUUGAAAAUACCGCUCCUGGAAAACACCAAACCCAUCAAAAAGGGUGACCAGCUUCGCGCACUGAAGCCGCAGGCGGCGAAGGCGCCGCCGAUGAAGAGGGUCCGCACGCAGUAG